AUGCGGUUUUUGGAAACCCUAUCAAGAUUCGGGCCGAAAUACUGUGACCUGCCUGACUUUCUGUGGAAUAUGACCGUGUUGUUACGGCUCUUCAUUUUGGACAUUGACAGUCGCAACAAGAAAGGUCUACCUAUUAUCUCCUACUUCAUCUUUCCUCUUAUACUUUUCGCAUUUGUGUACGUGUACCUCAUUUCUGGCCCGUGGUAUGUCCUCUACAGGAGCUUACAAAUGGAGGAGAUCAACGAAAAGACUCGGAUUAAGGUUCUUUCAAUGGUCAUUUGCUCCCAGAUUUCUCCGAUCAAGUGGCUCUUCCUUCUCAUAAACAGUUCGGGAAUAAAAGUUUUAUUGGACAAGUACUUAUCAUGCGACGCUGAGGUGGAACCCGACAGUAGGAUGGCGAUUAACAUUAAGACGAAGAUGAGGGAGAUCAAGAUGAGAGCUAUCACCUACUGGCUGCUGGUGAUGAUGACCGGGGUACUGUUCGACUUGAGACCGUUCUUUUAUCCGAAUCAGAGGACUGCGAUUGUCGACGAUUUUAUAUUUUACGGUUUAGAGCCAAUGUUGGAAACACCUUACUACGAGUUGGGCAGUCUUAUGAUGACUCUUGGGAGUUUCUUUACUGUUUACCCUCCAGCCACAAUAAACGGCAUGCUCAUAGCUUUAGUUGGCUACACCGAAUGCCAAUUGUUGGCCCUUAGCUGCGAACUCACUUCAAUCUGGGAUGACGCCGAAGAACAUUGUGAAAAAUUAAAAGAUAACCAAACUGGCAAACAUAUAAAUGAAAUUGAGGUUAAAAAUACAUUCAUUAGUAAUAAGUUAAGAAGUAUUUAUAAAUCUCAUGUUACUAAUAUAGCUCUGGUAAGGGAAAUUGAACGGUUGUUCAAGAACGCCUUUGCUGGUGAACUUUUUAUGAUGAUAGUUAGUCUAACCAUAGAACUGCUGGGUGGUUUAGAGAAAACGUACGAUCAGAUACCUUUUGCAUUCUUUUGCAUAGGAAUUGAGUGUUACUUAGGCCAGAAGUUGAUUGACGCCGGCAUAGUUUUUGAGAAUGCUCUAUACGACAGUAAAUGGGAGAACUUUGAUGUUAGUAACAGAAAAUCUAUUUUGUUGAUGUUAAUGAAUGCUCAGAACACGCUGAACUUGUCGGCAGGAGGAAUAGCCAUCAUGCACUAUGAGCUCCUGAUGAGCAUGCUUAAGAGUAUUUACUCCGCAUACAAAACGCUAGAAACCCAAGAGUAA